UUAAAAAAUAUAAAUCAUAAAUGAUAUUAGCUUUUCUCCUCAUUUACAGAACGGCGACUUUGCCGACCUUAAAAAAAAUUACAGAACGACAUUUUUUUCUUCCCAACAUAACCGUCCUCUCCGUCGACUCACUCAUCGUCCCUACCGGUAUCGAUAUCACCGCAUCAGAGACACGCACUCCACCGUCGACAUCGACGUCUCUCUCCCCUUCACCGGCGAGGAAUCAACCUCACUUAAGUAAACAUAUUAGUCUUUUAAUCCGACUUUCAUGUGACGCUCUGAACUCCCAAAUUAAUUGGAUCUUGCAAUGGAUUUUAUAUAUGAAAAUAGUUGUGAAGAUUAAACUCAAAGAUGAAAUUUAUAUCUUCACCUUAGGAGCAUAUUGGUGUCGAUUUUUACUAUUCCUAUAUCGUCAUCUAUGCUUCUAUAUUUUUCUGGUUUAGAUAUUGUGCCAUCACCGAUACCUAUUAGCCAUUCUGCAAAAUCUUUCUCCGCCUGGUGCAACCUCAUAUUUUUCUCAAGAGUGAAUAUAGAGCAAUAGUUCCAUAAAUAUGAACGGUUGAUUGUUGCCAUAACAGUUUCUUGUCUGGUGCCUUGUGGUAUAACUGGCAGAAUUUGUCUAAAAUCACCACCAAGAAGCACUGUUUUUCCGCCAAAGGGUUUGUUUGCUGCAUCUGGAUUUGCCACUGAGAGUACAUCUCGCAAACUCUUAUCAACAGCUUCAAAUGCAAAUCGAUGGCACAUGGGUGCUUCAUCCCAAAUGAUGAGAUCUGUUUUUUCCAGUAAUUCUGCAAGCAUGGAACCACGACUGAUGUUACAAGUACUGUCUUGAUGAAGAUCUACCGGAAUCUUGAAACGUGAAUGUGCAGUUCAACCGUUAGGUAAAAGUGUAGCUGCAAUCCCGGAUGAAGCUACUGGUAUGUCAUCAGCUAGGUGACGCCAACAAUGCUCCCAUAAACUAAGAGGGCUACUUAAUUCGCAGUAAAGUAACAAUGUCACAAAGAGAUGACGAAGCUGAAAAGGAUAUGCAUAUUGUGCUGCUUCGUCCAUAGCCUCCUUCCAUUCAGAAUCACCAUUCAACAUCCCUCUAGCAUAACAUGCCGCCUUGAAUGUCUUAUAUUUAACAUUAUCAACGGUUAGUAAAUCAUCAAAGCUUGUUGGCCCUUUUUCUGUAUUCAGCAGCAUUCUCAAGUAAUAUAAGUCUCCUGCUGUCGGAUGAAUGUUUACUAUUCUUCCUAUGCUGAAUCCUUGCUUUCUUUUUGACCAUGUUUUCGCAUCUGCAUCCCACACGUAAUAUGAAGGGAAUUGGAUAUAUGUAAGUUUUCUUGCUUCAGGACACCGUUUGUUCAUCUCAAACCAUUCAGUAAGCAUUGUUUUCUCGAUUCCAUCUUUUGACAGAAUGUAUUCUAGUAUAGCUCCUUCAGGGUAAACAAUUCUUUGUUGGUUUGGUAGGUGUAAUGAUAGUCUUGUUACUGCAGGUUUUUGUUUAUGUAUAUCGAAUGCAAAAAUUCGCCAAGUAGCUUCACAUGCAGAGAGGAGUGCGAGAUUGUGAGGCACAACAUAGCUGUUAUCAAGCUUUGUAUUUCCCUUCAUGACAAAUUUUCUUUCGUCAUAUCUCCUACGGGGGCAAAACGUAAAAAUGACAGGGAAAAUUAUCUUCCAAGGCUUCCUGUGUGGCUUAUUCGGAGGAUCAUUAGCAUACAACCUAUAUUCCGAAGGUAUGGCACUAACGUCGGCUACGUUUAUGUCUGCAGUGGGUAAUCUUUUACCCGCCGUAACAUUCAUCGUUGGCAUCUCUGUAAGGUUGGAGAGACUAGAUUUAGGAUCAAUGGCAGGGAAAGCAAAAGUAUUUGGGACAUUAAUGGGAAUAGGUGGAGCAAUGUUGUUCACCUUCUACAAAGGUUUUCCCAUUGAUUUCUUGAAGUCUGACAUUAACCUUCUACCCAACACUAGAAGCAGUCAUGUGGCUUUGUCGACGUCCCACCAAGUGUUGGGAGUCUGUUUAGCCUUCGCUGGUUGCAUCUCUUAUUCCAUAUGGAUCAUCAUACAGGCAAAGAUGAGUGAAACAUUGCCAUGCCAAUACACUAGUACGGGGUUGAUGAGCGUAAUGGGUUUCUUUCAAUCAACUAUCUAUGCGUUGUGCUUGGAGAGAGACUGGACGCAAUGGAAGCUAGGGUGGGACAUAAGGCUAUGGACAGCUGCAUUUUCGGGAACAAUAGGAACAGCUCUAAUAGUAACACUAACAGCAAUUUGUGCGAGGCUAAAGGGUCCACUCUUUGUAGCCGCUUUCAACCCUCUAAUGCUCGUAAUUGUAGCCUUGGCUGGUGCUUUGUUGUUGGACGAAAUGCUUUAUCUAGGAAGUAUAUUGGGAGCAAUAUUGAUUGUAUGUGGGCUAUAUGUUGUGUUAUGGGGAAAAGGUAAAGAGUUGAGUGGAUUAGUUCCGUCGGGAGAAAGCAAAACACAUAAAUCGCUCGAGAUUAUUGUUGCUAGUGCUAACCAUGGUGGCUCGAUCUCUGGCUGAAAUGAAAACGAUAGAAAAUGACACUAGUGAAAGAAAGAAUGUUAUCAGCCGUUGAUAUUAUCAGUUCCAUUUAUUUUCAAACCGUACUAGUGAAAUCAAUUUCUUAUUUAGUUCAAUU